CAGACUCGGAGACCUCGAUCAAGAGCUCGCUCACCUUUGAGAGGCCGCACUAUGCCUACACACGAUCUUUUCCCUGUACAGAACAAUAUUUAUACUUCCUACUCGGCUGGCCCCGAUUUGACUUUCGCAGAAAAUGUACUUGGGCCGUCACAACAGGGCCCGUCUCUGAACGAGCAGUCACAUGAGGAGUUGUAGGUGAUCAUUCUAAUGACUACUUAAGUCUCCCGACACCUUAGACGUGAUAUACAUUGGUCACCGGAAGCUCCGUGAUCACAAUGUCAUUGACCUAACUGAGCCUGCACCCCAAUGCCAACAGUGCCAUGAUGCAAUGAAGGACAAUGAAUGUUAUUUUCUCGUCUUUUGCGGAUGCAUGACAUGUGGCAAAUGUGCUGAUACUUUUGCUAUGGAAGGCUUGUGCCAAACACACGAUCAUCCCCAGGCAAGAUCUAAGCAGAGCAUAAAACGUCUGUUCUAUCAAGACACUUGCUGCAUUUGUUUGGACUCCAAAGAGCACUCCACCUUUCUCAAGCCUUGCGGGCAUAUGUUUUGUGACGAAUGCGUUGUUCAAACAUUAGACGCACAAGCGACGUACCAGGCAAAGUUGGGCCAAGCUGUCAUUUUGACCUGUCCUAUAUGCCGCACAUCUCUUCGUGGUACUAUCGAUGACGAAUUGCAGAAAGUAGAGAUUAUGGACACAGGUCGUGAAGUUGUAGAAGCAAUAUGGAUCUAUGAGUUCGCAUAGUUACUUAGCAGGGCUCCAAAUAGAAAGAUACGCUUAGAACACAAGUUCAUAUUUCUUCUCUCAAAAAUGAGUAAUGCUGUGCC